AUGAUGGCUGCCUUUAUGAAGGACUUCACAUGCUGCGGCCUCACCCUCGCCUCCCUGCACGACCUCCUGCAGCACUUCGAGGAGACGCACGCCAACGCACCGGCCGCCCGCCCACAGCAGCAGCAGCAGCCGCAGAACGGCUUCACAGCCACAUCCGGUGCCCCGACCAGCUCCAUUGCACCAAGCCAGACACAGGGCGACCCGGCCUUCAACACACAGAAUGGCUUCCAGUCGCGCUCCGGCUCAAUAGGCGCGCCCCGCCAGCGCAUCGGCUCCGUCAGCCGCUCCAACUUGUCGACUGUGCAGGACAUGGACACGCUGGACGACAUGGACAUGGACGACAUCAACUUUGACAACCUCGGCCCCAUCGAGGAGCAGCAGAACAUGCAGCAAUUCCCCGUCCAGAACCAGUUCAACCAGAACCAGAACCAGCAGCCCCAGCUCAACGUCAACGUCAACCUCGCCAACAACAUGCAAAAUCACCAGGGCAUGCGCACAUCGACACCCACCACCCCGUCUGCCUCGCAGCAGUUCAACCUGCAGAACAACCCCACCGUCUCGUCGGUCAACACCCCCACCAUGGGCACCAUGCCAAUGCAAAAUCACAACCUGACAUCGCCCGAAUCCUCACACCCGGGUACUCCGGCUGAGCUCGACAUGGACUUUGGCGGUUUCAACCCAAUGAUGGGCAUGGACAUGAACAUGAACAUGGGCAUGAACUUCGCCAACGGCAACGGCAACUUCGGUAUGGGCGCAUUCGACAACAACGGCACAAUCGACCAGCCCGGUAAGCGUCUCUUCAGCAAGCAGGGCGGCGGUCUGAACCAAGCUCAGCUGCAAGCUGCGCUCAAGAACUACCAGCUCAGCGGAAAUGACCAGAGCGAGAUGGCCAGGAGAUUACGGGAGCAGCAGCUCAUCAACGGCGCGAGCAUACCCCAAUUCCCCUUCCCCGAGGAGGUCAAGCCAUUCCGAUGCCCAGUCAUUGGCUGCGAGAAGGCAUACAAGAACCAGAACGGUCUCAAGUACCAUAAGCAACACGGUCACCAGAACCAGCAGCUCAAGGAGAACGACGACGGUACCUUCUCGAUUGUCGACCCUCUCACAUCCAUUCCCUACCCGGGAACAGUCGGCAUGGAGAAGGAGAAGCCAUACCGCUGCGAAGUCUGCGGCAAGCGAUACAAGAACCUCAACGGCCUCAAGUACCACCGCUCCCACGCUCCCCACUGCAACCCCGAAUUGGCGAUGCAGAAGCUUGGUCUCACCUCAAAUCUGCAAAAUCUUCAGAACGCGAAUGUCGCUGGUGCUGGAAUGGGCAUCGACCCCUCCAUGUUCUAG